AUGUCGCAGUACCAUCGCCAGGCUUAUAGAAAUCCUUCUCCUGAGCAGGACCUCGCCAUGAUGCCGCCCCAGAGCAACUACUAUUCUCCCGUUAACCCGUCCCACCACCAGGAUAUCCAAUACGACCAGCCGCAACGUUACCAACACCCGCAGCAACACCCACCGCAACACCAACAGUUCCAACAGCACUACGCUGACCCCAAUUACAUGCCACAUCACCCGGCGCAGUCGGACGUCACGGCGGGAGCAGACAACUACGGCCACGCCGCCGCCGGUGGCGGCAUGACGGGCCUGGCCUCGGGUGUCGCAUACUCUGGUCCUUCUCGUCGACACCUACACGACUCGCGUGCAUACGAGGAGAUGGGAUACCAGGAGACCAUGGGUGGCGCCUACGAUCCAUCCUAUGACCGCGCAUACAGCUCUGAACAGUAUAGUGGCAACAACAACGUCAACUACAGCAAUACGGGUGGUAACAGCUAUGACAAUGCAGGAUACAGUGCGCAUCAUCAGCCCGGCGCGUUGACACCGGGACACUCGAGCCCGCAUUACUCUGGCUCGGAGAGGAGUAUGCCGGGCAACGGAGGAGCGACCAGGUACCACUAUGAAGACCCUUACAGGCGAGACGAGUCCGGCCUGGGAGCAGUCCAUCCAGAGUCCAUCAACCCGCACGAUAUCAUCGACGACGGCGACGACGGCUUCAUCGCCGAGCCCAAGAGGCGGUCGGUGCUCAGCAUCGGGAAGAACUCGAGCCACAACAACCUCUUUGCCGGUGCCGUGCCCCUAGCUGGCACGGCAGGGUCGCGCAGUCCGGCCGGCGGGAGUGGCGGUGGUGGCAGCGGGAGGGGAGCGGACGAACCGAUAUACAACCUCGCGACGGGCGAGAAGAAGGUGUUUGCGGACGAAGAGCGCGCGAGGAAGAAGAGGCUCUGGAUCAUCGGCGUCAUCGUCGCCCUCGUCCUCGCCGCCGCCAUCGCGGGUGGUGUCACUGCCGGCGUGCUGGCAAGCAAGCCUGCAGCGCCCAACAAGUCCGGCAGCGGCUCGGGCGCAGACGACGACAGCAACGGUGACCUCGGCAAGAACUCGCCGGAGAUCAAGAAGCUGCAGAACGCCAACCUGCACAAGGUCUUCCCGGGCAUGGACUACACUCCCUGGGGCACGCAGUACCCUCUCUGCCUCAAGUACCCGCCCAGCCAGAACAACGUCACCCGCGACGUCGCCGUGCUCUCCCAGCUCACCAACACCCUCCGUCUGUACGGCACAGACUGCAACCAGACGGAGAUGGUCCUGCACGCCUUCGAGCGCCUCGAGCUCAAGCAGAUGAAACUCUGGCUCGGCGUCUGGAUCGACACCAACACCACCACCAACGACCGCCAGAUCAAACAGCUCUACAAUAUCCUCGAAAACACCCCGGACAAGUCCGUCUUCAAGGGCGUCAUCGUAGGCAACGAGGUGCUGUACCGCGGCAAAAACGACCCCUCGACCCUCACCCAGCUAAUGAAAUACAUCACCGGCGUCAAAAAUGAGCUCACUUCACUCAACCUCAACCUCCCCAUCGCCACCUCAGAUCUGGGCGACUCCUGGACAAAGCCGCUAACCAACAUCGUGGAUAUAGUCAUGUCCAACAUCCAUCCCUUUUUCGCCGGCGUGCCCUCCAGCGAAGGCAAGGGCUGGGCAUGGUCCUUUUGGACAGACCAUGACGUCGUGCUCACACAGGGCACGAACAAGAAGCAGAUCAUCUCAGAGAUCGGUUGGCCCAGUGGUGGCGGCAACAAUUGCGGUCCAUCCGUCUGUGCCGAUUCCACCUCUGGCUCCGUCGCCAGCGUCAAGGACUUGAACAUCUUUAUGGAUACCUGGGUUUGCGAGGCCAUGUCCAAUGGCACAGAUUACUUCUGGUUCGAGGCCUUUGAUGAGCCGUGGAAAGUCUCCUUCAACGAACCAGGUAAGGAAUGGGAGGAUAAAUGGGGUCUCAUGGAUCCUGGCCGGAAUCUGAAGCCUGGCCUCAAGAUUCCUGACUGUGGAGGGAAGACCGUUGAUUAA